CCUUCUGGCAGCUUGCCCUCCGUGCUUCAGGGUUGUUUAAAGAUGCUGCCCUGUCUGCUAAUGUCACCAGUUAGACAGAGACGAUAAACAAAGGACACAAUAAGGUUGGAUCAGGCCGACGAGGGCCCCUUCUUUCUCCACGUGGCAACACGUACACCUGUGGACAGGAUGGCGAACGACACUAAAUCCAGAAAUCUGAAUGGCCAGCCUGUGGGUUCCGCAGCCCUUUCAAAACCCAAAGAGAGCAUGCAGCUCAAAAAGGAAAUCUCUCUUCUGAACGGCAUCAGCCUCAUCGUGGGGAACAUGAUUGGCUCAGGCAUAUUUGUGUCGCCAAAGGGUGUUCUGAUCUACAGCGCCUCCUAUGGACUGUCUCUUGUUAUCUGGGCCAUCGGUGGCAUCUUUUCAGUAGUGGGUGCACUCUGUUAUGCAGAGCUGGGCACAACAAUCACUAAGUCUGGUGCCAGCUACGCCUACAUCCUGGAGUCGUUCGGAGGCUUCAUAGCGUUUAUACGUCUGUGGACAUCGCUGCUUAUCAUCGAACCGACAGGCCAAGCUGUAAUUGCCAUAACUUUUGCCAACUACUUGGUUCAGCCGCUCUUCCCCACCUGCGAGCCUCCAUAUUCUGCUUCUCGGCUUAUUGCUGCUGCUUGUAUUUGCCUGCUCACCUUUAUUAAUUCCGCUUCUGUCAAGUGGGGUACCAGGGUGCAGGAUGUCUUCACUUACGCCAAAGUGCUGACCCUCAUCGUCAUUAUCAUCACAGGGAUAGUGAAACUGUGCCAAGGUUUCUCAAUGAACUUUGAGGAUUCUUUCCAAGGCUCGUCUCGCGACCCAGGAGAUAUCGCUUUGGCCUUGUACUCGGCUCUUUUCUCAUACUCGGGCUGGGACACUCUUAACUUUGUCACAGAAGAGAUUAAGAACCCUGAAAGGAACCUUCCUCUCUCCAUUGCAAUCUCCAUGCCGAUUGUUACAAUCAUCUACAUCCUCACAAACGUGGCCUAUUAUGCUGUGCUGGACAUGAGUGCCAUCCUCGCCAGUGAUGCUGUCGCUGUGACGUUUGCAGACCACACUCUGGGAGUGAUGAGUUGGAGCAUCCCUAUUGCGGUUGCUUUAUCCUGUUACGGAGGUCUUAAUGCUUCCAUCAUUGCUGCAUCCAGGUUGUUCUUCGUGGGAGCUCGAGAAGGUCACCUUCCAGAUGCUUUGUCUAUGAUUCACGUGGAGAGAUUCACACCGGUUCCAGCUCUGCUAUUUAAUUGUGCCAUGGCUCUGAUCUAUCUUACAGUGGAGGAUGUUUUCCAGCUGAUUAACUAUUACAGCUUCAGUUACUGGUUUUUCGUUGGCCUAUCUAUUGCCGGGCAGAUCUACCUUCGCUGGAAAGAGCCGGACAGGCCCCGACCACUGAAGUUGAGUCUACUGUAUCCCAUCAUCUUCUGCAUGUGUGUUGUGUUCCUGGUGGCUGUGCCACUUUAUUCUGACACACUCAACUCAUUCAUUGGAAUUGCUAUUGCCCUCUCUGGAGUGCCUGUUUACUUCUUGGGUAUCUAUCUUCCAGAGUCCAAGCGGCCACCCAUCAUCACUAAACUGUUAUGUGCCAUCACCCGUUUCACCCAGUUCACCUGCUUUUGUGUGCUCACGGAGUUAGACACUGUUGAUUAGAACACUUGCACCCGUUUGACACAAACCCACUGGUAUGGGGAGAGGAAACCAAUAUCUGGAGAAACGGGAAAAAGAUCUUCCACACUUUUAAAGACACAGAUGCACUCUUAAUGUCACUGCGUUGGAUUCUUCUUUUUCUUAAUUAUAAAAGGGUUCUGUUAAGGUAAUGGUGCAAUGAGUAUUAGAAAUAUGACCUUAAGAACCAUAUGGCAUGAAAA